UGUGAGUUUUAGUUCAUAACACAUCGUCCUGUCGCGCGCGCAACAACUUGUGGUUAAGCAGCAACCUGGAACUUCUUCCACCAGAAAGUUACCUUGUGAAGUUAGAGUGUUAACACUUCAAGCCCAUCAAGAUGAAGUUGCUUUUCGUCAGCGCCAUCGUCGCGUUGCUGACAUCGUCAGCCAACGCCUUCUUUUGGCCGUGCCCUGCCAUUACGGCUGACAACACCACCUCUCCCAACGUCACCGUGGCUAACGCUGAGAUCAAGUCUUUUUUUCCGGCGAACGUGUACCUGAAAUCCGGAUCUGCGGAAGACAACACGUAUUCCUGCCUAAAGAUCUCCCUCCUCGAGUUGAAUGCCACAGCAGGGACUGGCAAUGCAACAUAUGAAUACUACCUCAACGGCGUGGAGAAAACUAAUCAGGGCACCUACGCGCUGGCAAAUAAGUCUCCAUUUGGCAUCACAUUCACUGGCCUCCCCAACAAAAUGUUCGGCGCAGACUCAGGCACCAAGUCUCUAGCGUACGUGAGCAAGGGAACUAACUAUGGCAUCUUCAGGAGCUGUCAAGGCGGAUUCCUCAACUUCGGCUACACGAACUAUGCCUACUUGUUCACAACCUCAAGCUUCGAUUCGACUGACCUGGACUGGCGCUGCAUGGCUACAGGCUUCAAGACGGUAGUGCCAGCCAUCGGCGGGGGGACAGUGUACCCAGGAGGGAUUUGUUCUUCCGGAGGUGGUCAUGGUGGAGGGCGUAUCUCAUACUGAGCGUUCAUCUUCAGCGUCCGCCCCUCAAACUGUCCUUAUGAAUCUAAUCCUACAUAAUUGAAUGAAGUUGAUCAGUUUAUCAGAAAUUAUCAGAAAUUUAUAUUUAUAAUCUGGAUGUUAGACAGAAUGUGCCUUGGGGUUUAUGCGUUCAAAAUCAUUCAAAUUGUUCCAAGACUGUAUCGCUUUCGGGCAUAAACAGUUCGCUUAAAAUGAGUGAAAUUGAAUAUAGAUGAACAACUUUU